UAUGGAUCAUAGUACGCCUUAUUGGUGCCACUACAACCUUCAUCAUGUUGUGCAGACGUCGCGAACAUAGUGGGUUUGGCUGUUACGGUGGCUUAAGAUGGGCGACACGUCCCAUUGGCUCUACAUUCUACAACACUCUAUCUUUCUUCGUCCCUCGCAACACAACUAGUUACAAUUCUAAUCCGUACCAAAUUUGUGUUUAUUUAUGUACAUAUUUUUCUCUACGCUCUCAGUUCGGUGGCACGUGCCUUACAAAUCUCACCGCGAUCUCUCCGAGUAGUGGAGACGCGCUGAGAAGAACCUCGGCCGUUGGCGACAGUACUCCCGAGACGCUGCGUAUAAAGUCAGCCGCACCAAUUAUACACGACGAAAGGCCAAUACGUAACACAGACCAACAUGGAAGCCCUACUAACAAAUAGAACGGCCUUGAAGGCCUUGUACGCUAGCAACGCACUAUGGCAUUUUAGGUGCGCGCAUCAAAAUACUUUGUCUAGGUUAUGCUAAUGAUUUCAGUGCCUUUUAUUACUUCUGCUUCAAACAGCGCGGUAUUAUGCAGAAGUUCUCCUUACGCAGCCACUCCCCAGAUGCUGCUAUACGCUCCCUCGCCCGCGGGGACGCCUGGCACCACGACGUGAUGGCGUAUCUUGGAGCCAUGAACUUUCCACUAUUCCUUUUUGCUGCCAUUCGAUUCUGGUCAAUUCUCAAGAAAAGAACACGCGGACUACUCUCUACGGGCUCUGAGGAUGGUGACCGACCGAUUGACUUUACGUCUCUGGUUGUUCUAGGAACUGGAAACAGUUCACAGGCCGUUCUUAACUUCGCCACAGCGCUUACCUCUCAGCGAUGGAUUAUGGGCAGAGGCUUCGAUAUCAUCACAGUCCUGGAUGCCACACUUACCGUACUCGAUUGGGCUGCUGCGUGGGGAAUCUACAAGCAAGCGCAGGCAUCUGAGGCUGAUAGCAAGAAAAACUAGGUAUAGCCAACUCGGGAAUGUCGUAGUACUCGUCCCUCUGCUUCGAGGUAUUGUUUGUUGUAUUAAUAUAUCUCUACUUUUUAAAUAAAAGCACCUCAGAAUUCGUCGCUGUAAAACGG